GCAGAUCCUGAGGAGAAGAAAGACGUUCUGCCUGUUCUGCAGCAUCCCAGAGGGGAACCCAGGUCUGGCAGUUCCCGAUCCCUAGACACUGACAAGGACUGGCCUGGAGUGCCUGCCGCCCUGGACCCUAAGGAGCCAGAAAAGGCCUGGAGGCUACCGGACACUUUGCUCCCUGCUCAUAGGCUCAGGGCAAAACGCCAGCCUGGAAAAGACGCCGAGAGACCAUCUGAUCGACACCAUUAGUGAACUGGGCGAAUCGGACUUGAAGAUGUUUAAAGACAAGCUGAACAAUUUCAAGCCAAAGGAAGGUUAUAACCACAUAAAAUGGAGCCAUCUGGAAAAAGCAGACGCUGUAGCAAUCACUUGCCUGCAUGUCAGUUACUACGAGAAGAAUUACACAGUGGAAGUGGCCGGGAAGGUGCUGGAGGACAUGGACAAAAAGAACCUGACAUGCAAGCUGUCAGAGGCUGCAGGGAAGGGAAUCCUCCUCUUCCUCCUCCUCGUCGGCAGCAGUGACUCCAACGCAGCAGUCAGCCAGCCAGGCAGGAGGGACCCGUAGGUGGUGGCGGGGUCCUUGUUUCUCCCUCCAGAGGCAGAGGGGGGGGGGCAGGCCGGCAAUGGCCCCCCACACCCAGCAGCAGCAGACCAGGAAGGGAGCUCUAGCCAGCAGCAGUCCUCCAGGGAAGAAGGGAGCUUCAGCCAGCAGGACAGCCACAGCAGACUAACCAGUCCCUGUAAUGAGGUGAGUGGGCUCCCUCCGAGCCGGAGAGCGAGGGACCAUUACACCCCCAUAGCGGCAAAACGCCUGACUCCACAAAGGGGCCACAAAAAUGGGGGGACAGAUCAAAACUGUUAAUCUUCCAAGUGAGCCCAGCCCAGUGUCGCAGAAGGGAAGAGGGCAGGACUUCAGCUGGAUGAAGGGUGAAGGUGGCAAAAGUUUGUUUCACUUCCUUCUCGGGACACUUUGCUCUCUGCCCGUAGCCUCGGGGCAAAGAGCCAGCCUGGAAAAGACGCCGAGAGACCAUCUGAUCGACACCAUUAGUGAACUGGGCGAAUCGGACUUGAAGAUGUUUAAAGACAAGCUGAACAAUUUCCAGCCCAAGGAAGGUUAUAACCACAUAAAAUGGAGUCAGCUGGAAAAAGCAGAAGCUGUAGAAAUCACUCACCUGCUGGUCAGUUACUACGAUGACGAUUACGGGGUGGAAGUGGCCGGGAAGGUGCUGGACGCCAUGGACAAGAAGAACCUGGCACGCAAGCUGUCAGAGGCCGCAGGGAAGGGAAUCCUCCUCUUCCUCCUCCUCGACCGCAACAGUGACUCCAACGCAGCAGUCAGCCAGCCAGGCAGGAGGGACCCGUAGGUGGUGGUGGGGUCCUUGUUUCUCCCUCCAGAGGCAGAGGGGGGGCAGGCCGGCA